UCGUUGAAUGAUUUUUCAUUGCAGUUAUUAAUAUUAUAAUUAACUACGAUUUAAUGUGAUUUGACGACACUUCAUUUCAAGGAUAUAAGAUUAACUCGGUUUUAUAUUUUCUCUGCGCGAUGCCCGAAGAUGGUCGGCAUAUUUUCAGGACACAGUAUAUUACGAGUCAAUAACGCGAUGAUGUCAAAAAACAUAGCAGUACUGUCGUUUUUCGUCUUGUUUGCAAGCGUUUUCGGUUCCGAUGGACGUUCUUCCGCGGGAUCCGUCGAGCCGGAAGAAAUGGACGUUUACCGACUGCCAGGAAAUACGAUCCCGAUCUCGUAUAAUUUGAAUAUUAUGCCGGAUUACAAUUACUUUACCGACGCCGUUGACUUCGACGGGGAGGUAGAGAUUGUGAUCGACAUAAAAUCGAACACUUCGACGAUAACGCUGAACUGCAAUGAUAUUCUGAUUUACGUGGUAUAUGUGCACGAAAAAAUAGAGAAAUACGACAUUGAUGUAAUGGAAGUUCGCAACGACACCCAAAAUGAGCAAUGCAACAUUUUGUUAAAAUCCCAACUAAAAGUGGGAAUUCAAUACGUGGUAAGCAUCGAAUAUCACGUGCACAUGCCAGUAAACAACAUGGAAGGGUUUUACAAAAGUACAUACAACGAUAAGAACAACCAUAAAGAAUGGUUGCUCUUGACAUAUUUCGAACCAACCGGGGCAAGGAGAAUAUUACCGUGUUACGAUGAACCGUCGUACAAAACGCCUUUCAACAUAACGCUGACAAGACCGUUUAACAAAUCGUCACGGUCCAACAUGCCGAUUUACAAGAGUUAUUACGAUAAAUCCUGGAAAGAGAUGCGCGACGUUUUCGUCGAGACUCCGCCGAUUUCCACACACAUGAUCGCGUUUGUCGUCAGCGGAUUUAACUGGAUGACGAAUGGCAGCGUAGCCGGCAGUAGUCCCGUAUACGUUUUCUCGGACGCCGACCGCUCGGGCCAGUUGCAAUACGUCUCCGGCGAGGCGCCAAAGCUGCUGGCGGCCAUGGAGAGGUUCACGGAAGUGCAGUACGACCUACCCAAACUCGAUUUGUUCGCCGUACCGGAUUUCAAAUCGGACGCCAUGGGCAACUGGGGGUUGAACACAUUUCGUGAAAAAUAUUUGUUACUGGACGAAAGUUCCAGCGCCAAAGCCAAUGAAUCCGGGCUAUCGAUGGUCCAGCGAGAGGUGGCUCGCCAGUGGUUCGGAAAUCUGGUCACGUGCUCCUGGUGGGACUACCUUUGGCUGCACGAUGCGUUUGCUGCGUACUUUCAGUACUUUUCCACAGACUUGGUCUAUCCAGAUUGGAGGAUGAGCCAGAUGUUCGUGGUUGAACGGCACCAGCGGGCUUUGGAGUAUGAUCAAACGCCCAGACGUCCGAUUACAACGUCUGUGCACACUCCACAUGACAUCAACGACGCGUUUUACGACCAAACUUACGACAAGGCCGCAGCCUUCUUGCGAAUGUUGAAAUACACUACCAACGACACUAUAUUCCAACAGUCGUUGGUCCGAUAUUUGAAACAGAACAAAUACGUGUCGGUUGAUCCCGAUGUGUUAUUUGCGGCAUUUGAGUACACCAUUUCCGAAUAUCAAUUUAAUUUUGGACAAGACUUCACGGUCACCGAUUUCAUGAAACAGUGGACAGAACAGUCUGGAUACCCAAUGAUUAAUGUAGUUAAAGUCAACGACGAGUUUAUUGUAACUCAAGAAAAGUGCCUAAUGGACACUCCCGAUAAGGUAACUGAUUCAACUAAAUGGUACAUAGGAAUCACUUAUACGACAGAGUCGAGUAAAAAUUUUGAAAACUUUACGUUGGCCACAUGGUGUAACCCGAAUAUGGACAAAUGUGCCUUGUCGGCCCCAAAAAACUACGGGUGGUUCAUAUUCAAUCUACAGUCCACUGGGUUUUAUAGGGUUAAUUACGAUAAUGAUAAUUGGUCAGCAUUGGUUAGACAAUUGAAAGAAACGCCAAAUGAAAUUCACGUACUCAAUCGUGCUCAGCUAAUUGACGAUUCGUUCUACUUAGCCAGAGCAGAUAAAUUACAUUAUUCAGUUCCAUUGAGAAUAUCAUCAUAUUUAAAAAUAGAAGAUGACGUGUUACCUUGGUAUUCUGUGAUUAACGGAUAUUCAUAUCUAAUAGAGCGUAUGAGGCGUAAUGAUACAGAAUAUGCAGAUUUAAGGGAAUGCGUUAGUAAUUUGGCAGGUAUCAUUUAUAAAAAAAUCGAAUAUCAAGUAGUUGAGAAAAAAAACACAGACCAUAUUAUUCUUACCAGCUGGAAUACAUUUUCAGUAUGGGCAUGUCAAUUGAAUAAUGAGAUGUGCAUACAAUCGGCAUUUGAUUACUAUACAAGAUGGCAAAAUGGAGAAAAAAUACCCUCAGAUAUUAGAGAUGCUGCAUUCUGUGUUGGUGUACAUAUAGCAAAUACCACCACCUCAUGGGAACAAAUGUUUGAUCUGUAUAAAACAACAAGAUCACCCUCCGAAAAACAGUCAGCACAAACAGCAUUAGCAUGCACAGAGGACGAUAUGCUUUUGUCUAGAUAUUUAAAUUAUAUUUUUGAGACAGAAGAUGGACCUAUUAAAAAACAAGAUUAUAAAGAUGUUUUUAUAGCAGUAUCAUCCACAGCGAAGGGACUUGAUGUUUUAAUAGAUUUUUUGGUGCAAAAUUUAAAAGAAAUUACAAACAAACUAAUUGAUGGAGAUAACAUAGCAAUAUUCAUUUACUCAAUCUGUACAUCAAAAGCCGCUCUUGAUUCCGAAAUUAAUAAAUUAAAACAAUUAAAAGAUGAUCCAAAUACACCAGAAAACCUCAGAAAGGCAUUCAAUAAAUGUUACAAUCAAAUAGAAAUCAAUCUAUACUGGUAUGAUAAAUAUCAUGAAAUAGUAAAUCAAAACACAGGUUGUUCACGUGAAUAUACGACAACUGAUGAACCCAAGCAGUCAUCCACUCAAAAACAAGAAUCAACUACCCAAAUAUUCACUCAAACUUCUACAGAAAUAACAACAUUAUCAGAACAAACAGAUUCAACAACACAUACUUACACUGAAACUCAACCGAGAGAAACAACAUCACCGGAAAGCACAGAUUCAACAACACGUAGUUACACUGAAACAAAACCAGGUGAAACAACCGUAUCAGCACAAACAGAAUCAACAACACAGAGUUAUACUGAAACUCAACCUGGAGAAACAACAUUAUCGGAAGGAACAGAAUCAACAACACAGAGCUACACUGAAACGCGACCGGGAGAAACAACAUCACAGGAAAGCACAGAUUCAACAACACAGAGUUACACUGAAACGCGACCGGGAGAAACAACACAACCGGAAAGCACAGAUUCAACAACACGUAGUUACACUGAAACAAAACCAGGUGAAACAACCGUAUCAGCACAAACAGAAUCAACAACACAGAGUUAUACUGAAACUCAACCUGGAGAAACAACAUUAUCGGAAGGAACAGAAUCAACAACACAGAGCUACACUGAAACGCGACCGGGAGAAACAACAUCACAGGAAAGCACAGAUUCAACAACACAGAGUUACACUGAAACGCGACCGGGAGAAACAACACAACCGGAAAGCACAGAUUCAACAACACGUAGUUACACUGAAACAAAACCAGGUGAAACAACCGUAUCAGCACAAACAGAAUCAACAACACAGAGUUAUACUGAAACUCAACCUGGAGAAACAACAUUAUCGGAAGGAACAGAAUCAACAACACAGAGCUACACUGAAACGCGACCGGGAGAAACAACAUCACAGGAAAGCACAGAUUCAACAACACAGAGUUACACUGAAACGCGACCGGGAGAAACAACACAACCGGAAAGCACAGAUUCAACAACACGUAGUUACACUGAAACAAAACCAGGUGAAACAACCGUAUCAGCACAAACAGAAUCAACAACACAGAGUUAUACUGAAACUCAACCUGGAGAAAAAACAUCACAUGGAAGCUCAGAUUCAACAACACGUAGUUACACUGAAACUCAACCGGGAGAAACAACAUCACAGGAAAGCACAGAUUCAACAACACAGAGUUACACUGAAACGCGACCGGGAGAAACAACACAACCGGAAAGCACAGAUUCAACAACACGUAGUUACACUGAAACAAAACCAGGUGAAACAACCGUAUCAGCACAAACAGAAUCAACAACACAGAGUUAUACUGAAACUCAACCUGGAGAAACAACAUUAUCGGAAGGAACAGAAUCAACAACACAGAGCUACACUGAAACGCGACCGGGAGAAACAACAUCACAGGAAAGCACAGAUUCAACAACACAGAGUUACACUGAAACGCGACCGGGAGAAACAACACAACCGGAAAGCACAGAUUCAACAACACGUAGUUACACUGAAACAAAACCAGGUGAAACAACCGUAUCAGCACAAACAGAAUCAACAACACAAAGUUAUACUGAAACUCAACCUGGAGAAACAACAUUAUCGGAAGGAACAGAAUCAACAACACAGAGCUACACUGAAACGCGACCGGGAGAAACAACAUCACAGGAAAGCACAGAUUCAACAACACAGAGUUACACUGAAACGCGACCGGGAGAAACAACACAACCGGAAAGCACAGAUUCAACAACACGUAGUUACACUGAAACAAAACCAGGUGAAACAACCGUAUCAGCACAAACAGAAUCAACAACACAGAGUUAUACUGAAACUCAACCUGGAGAAACAACAUUAUCGGAAAGCACAGAUUCAACAACACGUAGUUACACUGAAACAAAACCAGGUGAAACAACCGUAUCAGCACCAACAGAAUCAACAACACAGAGUUAUACUGAAACUCAACCUGGAGAAACAACAUUAUCGGAAGGAACAGAAUCAACAACACAGAGCUACACUGAAACUCAACCGGGAGAAACAACAUCAUCUGGAAGCUCAGAUUCAACAACACGUAGUUACACUGAAACAAAACCAGGGGAAACAACAUCACCUGGAAGCUCAGAUUCAACAACACAUAGUUACACUGAAACUCAACCGGGAGAAACAACAUCACAUGGAAGCUCAGAUUCAACAACACAUAGUUACACUGAAACAAAACCAGGGGAAACAACAUCAUCUGGAAGCUCAGAUUCAACAACGCAUAUUUACACUGAAACAAAACCUAGUGAAGCAACCGUAUCAACAACAACAGAUUUAACAACACAGAGAUAUACUGAAACUCAACCAGGAGAAACAACAUCAUCUGGAAGCUCAGAUUCAACAACACGUAGUUACACUGAAACAAAACCAUGGGAAACAACAUCACCUGAAAGCUCCGAUUCAACAACACGUAGUUACACUGAAACAAAACCAGGGGAAACAACAUCACAUGGAAGUUCAGAUGCAACAACACAUAGUUACACUGAAACUCAACCGGGAGAAACAACAAUAUCUGGAAGCUCAGAUUCAACAACACGUAGUUACACUGAAAUAAAACCAGGUGAAACAACCGUAUCAACAACAACAGAUUUAACAACACAGAUAUAUACUGAAACUCAACCGGGAGAAAAAACAUCACAUGGAAGCUCAGAUUCAACAACACAUAGUUACACUGAAACUCAACCGGGAGAAACAACAUCACGAGGAUUCUCAGAUUCAACAACACAUAGUUACACUGAAACAGAACCUAGUGAAGCAACCGUAUCAACAACAACAGAUUUAACAACACAGAGAUAUACUGAAACUCAACCGGGAGAAACAACAUCACAUGGAAGCUCAGAUUCAACAACACGUAGUUACACUGAAACGCGACCGGGAGAAACAACACAACCGGAAAGCACAGAUUCAACAACACGUAGUUACACUGAAACAAAACCAGGUGAAACAACCGUAUCAGCACAAAAAGAAUCAACAACACAGAGUUAUACUGAAACUCAACCGGGAGAAAGAACAUCAUCUGGAAGCUCAGAUUCAACAACAAGUAGUUACACUGAAACAAAACCAUGGGAAACAACAUCACCUGAAAGCUCAGAUUCAACAACACGUACUUACACUGAAACAAAACCAGGUGAAACAACAUCACCUGGAAGCUCAGAUUCAACAACACAUAGUUACAUUGAAACUCAACCGGGAGAAACAACAUCACGAGGAUUCUCAGAUUCAACAACACAUAGUUACACUGAAACAGAACCUAGUGAAGCAACCGUAUCAACAACAACAGAUUUAACAACACAGAGAUAUACUGAAACUCAACCGGGAGAAACAACAUCACAUGGAAGCUCAGAUUCAACAACACGUAGUUACACUGAAACGCGACCGGGAGAAACAACACAACCGGAAAGCACAGAUUCAACAACACGUAGUUACACUGAAACAAAACCAGGUGAAACAACCGUAUCAGCACAAAAAGAAUCAACAACACAGAGUUAUACUGAAACUCAACCGGGAGAAAGAACAUCAUCUGGAAGCUCAGAUUCAACAACAAGUAGUUACACUGAAACAAAACCAUGGGAAACAACAUCACCUGAAAGCUCAGAUUCAACAACACGUAUUUACACUGAAACAAAACCAGGUGAAACAACAUCACCUGGAAGCUCAGAUUCAACAACACAUAGUUACACUGAAACUCAACCGGGAGAAACAACAUCAUCUGGAAGCUCAGAUUCAACAACGCAUAUUUACACUGAAACAGAACCUAGUGAAGCAACCGUAUCAACAACAACAGAUUUAACAACACAUAGUUACACUGAAACUCAACCGGGAGAAACAACAUCAUCUGGAAGCUCAGAUUCAACAACACGUAGUUACACUGUAACUCAACCGGGAGAAACAACAUCAUCGGAAGGAACUGCAUCAACAACACAUAGUUACACUGGAACUGAACCUGGUGAAUCAACUGUAUCAAAAUAUCCUGCAUCAUCUACAGAUCAGUCUACGGUUUCAUCUCCAUAUGAAACAACACUAUCGGAAGGAACAGAAUCAACCUCAAUAAGUUACACUGAAUCUGAAAAAACUGAACCGGGAGAAACAACAUCAUCAGAACCCACAUAUUCAACAACACAUAGUUUUACUAAUACAUCUUCAGGUGAAACUACGGCAUCUAAAUACUCUGAAACCACUGUUGAAAAAUCAACAGCAUCCUCUCCUACAGAUACAACUUUAUCCAAAUGGACUGAUUCAACAACACAUGUGUACACAGAGUUAUCAUCUGCAAAAUCUACUGUGUCAGAUUACCCAUAUUCUACUACAGAGCCUUCAACAACUAAUUAUACUACUCCAGCCCCAUUCGAUAAACCUCCUCGUUUUAUGUUAAGUUUUUUCUUUUUUCUAUUCAUUUUUUUUAUUGUUGUGUUAAUAGUGAUUAUAUUUUUCUGGCGUAGGUCUUAUCAUAACAACGUAUCGAUUAAGUCCACUUAUGUUUCAUCGUAUCAUAUCUAGUAGUAAUAGAUAAGAGUUACAGUUUAUUUUCUAUUGAUAUCUUAUUUAUAUUUACUUUCUACACGUUAAUAGUCAAUUAUUUAUAUUUGGUUUUAUUUUAUUGAUACAUUUUUUAAUUUAUUUUAAAAGACAAUUAGAUUUCGUCUAAUUUUUAUUACAUAAUAUAUUUUUUUUUAUUUUAUUAUAAUAUACUUUUUAAUUAUAAGGAUGAUUUAGUUUUCUAUUAUUUAUUUAUGUUUUGUAUAAUAUGUUUUUAUGUUGUUUAUUUUAAGAUUUUUAGUUGAUACUAUUUUCUUUCACUUAUUAUUUCGUUGAUAUCAUUUUACGUUAAUUUAAUUCGAAUUAUUUUAUUUUUAAUCCCUUUGUCGUUUUCAUUUAGUUAUACCUAUUUUAUGAAUAAUUUUAAAUCUAUUUUCUGUCAAUUAAUUUAGAUAUUACCUAUUGAGUUUCUAUUAAUGUUAAAUUUGUGAUAUUUUUAAUUGGAUUUCCUAAGUUAAUUCUUCAUAUAGUAUUUUUGUAUAUUUAUUUUUAUAAUUCAGUAAUUAACAAUUUAUUAUUAUAUUAUAAUAUAUUAAUAAACCAGGCCUGCGAGUGAAUAUUAAUCUUACGAUCUUGCUGAUCUGACCUUUAUGGCUAUCAACUCUAAUCUGGAUUUGUCACACUACCGUAGUUUGGUAGACACUAUAAAUUAUUUAUUUAACUGUUUUCGUUUUAUUUUAGUUAGAAAUUAAAAUAUUGCUGUCCGCCGUUCGUCUCACUUGUAUAUGCAGCCGUCUGAUGAACCAGUAUCUUCAUUGAUUUAUCCAAUAGGCAAUAUUGAUUUUAUCCAUAUAGGUAUCCUACAAGUUGUGAAUGACGUUAUGGUAACGUUAUCCAUGUCACACAAACUUAUAGAAGUAGUACCCUUAGCAUUUAAUUAACACAAGUUCACAACAAGAAAUUUGAUGUUAAUAAACCACUUGUAUGGACGUAGUACCUAACCAUGGUUAUAAUAUUACACAGAUGAUUUUGCUAGUGAUAUAAUAUGAAGUUUGUUGUAUCCACUUCUUUUUAGAACGUCAAAUGAUUGCGGGAAAUCCUAAUAUUGAAUUAAUUCAUUAUUUAUUAUUAUAAAUGUUUAAAAUAGUUUGGAUUUACAUUUUAUUGUAAAAGUUAUUAUUGUAUACAGUUAUUUAUUUAUAUAUUUAAUAAAAAUGUUUGCACAUUAUAACAUUAUAUAAAUGAAUUAUGUUGAAAUAUUAUACUUUCAGUUUAUUAUUUAUGUACUUAAUAUUAUACUUUUGAACAAGAAAGUAAUUAUUUAUUUAAAUUAGCUUGUGGCGUUUACACACACAGUCAUCGAAGUAAGUGUCUUCUUUCUACAUUUUUUUUAAAUACUUUUUUUUUUUUAAUAGAUUUAUGUCAUUUCUAGAUAUCAUUUUUGUAAAUAGUUAUAUUUUUACUAUUGUUUGUCGUUAUUUUUUUUUUAAGUUAUACUAUCUGAUUUCAAAUUUUACAUUCCAAAGCAGAAUAUUUUUCAGAUUAUUUAAAUAUUUAAUAUAUUAACACUGAAUUUAGAGUAGACAAUAGUACCUAUUUAAAGUUUUGACAAACGGAGUAGAGUUGUAGGUACGUGUGGUAACCAAAUUGUUGGUCUACUAGCUACUACUCCGUUCAUCAAAGUUUAAAAAGUUAAUAGUUAGUAAAUUAAUUGUUCAAAAUUUGAUUUUUAAGUUUGUAAAUCUUGGAGAAAUCUAUUUAUACAUGAUAUAAAUCCUUAAAUUAGGCCAAAAAUCAAUAGAACAAAAUAUAAAUUGUAGACCUACCAUACUACCUAUUAUAUUUUACGUUUUACACAAAAAAUAUUUAGAAAAUCAAUUAUGAUGUACUAUUUAAUUGUAAACUCUAAAAAUUCUACAUAAAUAUUCUACAUAUUAUAUGGUUUACGUUUAUAUAAUA